AUGGAGCUGUCGACCGACGUUGCUGGCGCUGAACGAUCAGACUGGAGCGAGGCAGUCGACGACACAGUGACAAGGGGAAACAAUCUCUUGGUACGCUGCUGCGGUAAUGGAGGACGAAAAGUUGUUCGAUGUCGGACACAGUCUCUCGAUCAGGCAAUGCUGGGCGGACACAAGGGAUCAGAGACAGACGCUGGACAAGGGAUCAGAGACAGACGCUGGACAAGGGAUCAGAGACAGACGCUGGACAAGGGAUCAGAGACAGACGCUGGACAAGGGAUCAGAGACAGACGCUGGACAAGGGAUCAGAGACAGACGCUGGACAAGGGAUCAGAGACAGACGCUGGACGAGAGAUCAGAGACAGACGCUGGACAAGGGAUCAGAGACAGACGCUGGACAAGGGAUCAGAGACAGACGCUGGACAAGGGAUCAGAGACAGACGCUGGACAAGGGAUCAGAGACAGACGCUGGAGGGGUGA